AUGAUCAACCGAAACAAUGCCCUCAUCAAACCGCAAAAACGUGGCAGUUCGGGAACCUUCGAGAUCCACAUCUCCAGCAAAAAACGAAAGUUCGGAAGCAGUGCCUCCAAUGGCGACGCAAAAGCACUGGCCCUCAAUAGGGAUCUGGAACAGAAGAAGGAAUUACUUAUCUCUAGCUACCGCGGCAAUCCCGGACUCACGGCCAUCAAGGACAAUUGGCCAUAUAUUUUUGACAAGGCGGUGCUGUACCAGCACUUCGAGGAGUCCCAGGAUUGCUAUGAAUACCUGCCCGGAUAUCUGCUAUUCACCAAGCCCACCUGCAAACCCUUCGAGCUGAGGAUAGCAGCCGCCAAUUGGUUGAACCGAUGGCAUCUGCUGCGGCCGGAAAGGGAGCUCUGCAGCAUGAACCGCAUGGUUGCGCAGCUCAUGGACCACGAUAUAAAACUCUUCAUAUACGAAGCCCAGAAACUGAACGAUACCCAUUGGUUCUCCACGCAUUUGAUUGAUCUAAUCCAUCAUUGCGGUCAGCUGAAGAGCUACUUUGAUCAGAACAAGAUUGAUCUUCCUGCCCUACGUCAUUCGAUGAUCUAUGAGUACGGCAGCUAUCUGAUGACGUCCAACAACCUGUGGCAGUUGGGCAUCGACUAUCUAGACUGUUGCAAACAGGAGGGCCAGGCGGCUAUCGAACUGCUCCUGCCCCGCAUCUCCUUGCGCAGCGAGCGGCAGGCCACAAAGUUGAUCAACCUGGCCAGGCAGCGAGGACUCACGAGCGUGGAGCAGGAGAUCUGCAAGGUGCUCUCGAAGCAAUCCUACGAUAAAGAGCGUUACGGCAAUGCUUUGGAGUGGGUCAUUCGCUCGAAGGAUGUUCUGCUGGUGACGGCAGUUGCGGACUUUAUUUUGAAGCAUUACUCGAGGACUGGAAACAUGCUCUGCCCGGACACCAUAGCCAAUGUGUAUAUAACUUUGUGUAUAACUUUCUUCCAUUAGCUUUUGGCCCUCGCU